GGCAAGUCUUGUCUGAUGUCUAUAAUUGUCCCUCAUUAUACAUUACUUUGCCCAUAUUUACUCAACAGAUAGUUAUUGAAUGCGCAGUCCGAGUCUAUGGACUGCGCAGUCUAUGUCCCAUUCCUCAGAUAGAACAUAGAAAUAACGAAUGUGACAUUCAUGAAGACAUUUUGUAUGUGGUAUAAUUUUUAAAUUAAUACAGUUUCGAUCAGAAAAAAUAUGAAAUGGAGCGAAAAUAUGCUGAAUAUGAUGCCAAGCACGGUCCUUUGUUCCAGAAACUCAAACAUAAAGAUCGUUUGAAUUUCGAGGAGUCAUCGCUUGUAACGCAUAAAUGGACAACAAAAAUGUGCAAUAGAGAGGUGGAAGCUAUGCCCAUUAUCUUGGAGAGAGAUGAACUAGAGCUGCGGGAUGAUAACGAUAGUUCACUAGAAGGAAGUUCUGGAAUAGAAGGAUCUGGUAGUAUUUCGAACUUAGUCUCAUCACUAGUGGAUACUGUUGACCAAUCAACAGCAGGUUUCAAUGACAGUCAGAAGUCAGUAAAUGACGUUGGAUGCCAUUUGGAUAUGGGGGAGGAUUUCUCAUGUUUAUUCAAGAAUAAGGUUGCUUCACUACAUUCUUUUCCCGAGUUGGUAUUUGAAACUACGUAUAGCGAUGAUUCCUACUCCACGCCUACGACUCAAACUGAGCAGAUCCUAUCUAGCCAAUCUCUUGACUCCAGUUCUGAUGAAGAAAUGGACGACUAUUUUAAGUUUAGAGUUUUCCUACCCAAAAAAAAAGUAGGACAAGUUUUUUGCAACCUUCAGUCUACUGAAGCUAAGACUGAAUUGAUAAAAUCUUCUGUCUCCGUUCCAACUUCGUCUCAGGCUGCUGAAUCCGAAAAUACUGGUACAUCAAAUGCAGACAUAACAUCGUCUUCGGAAUGUGAGGUAGUUCUGGGUACUAUGGAAGCAGAUUUUUCAGAUAAUUGUUCCGAUGAUCAUCUACACACUUUAUCUUUGAGACGUGUUGCUCGUCCUUUGAGUUUGAGAUAUUCUUCUGAAGAGUUCGAUGAGGAUUCUGUUAAAAUUUUGUGUCAUACAACAAGCCUAAUGCAUUUCGCGAUAGACGAGGAAGUCAACUCAGAAGAUAUCGACAUUCCUUCUAUCGAUUUGUAUAAAUCUGAAAAAACAGUUAAUUCAACUGAUCAAGGUUCUGAAUUGAGCCACUAUUCGGUACACUCUCGACAGAUUAGAAGUUCUACUAUUUUGCAGAGUGAAGAGCAAGAAAAAUUAAGAGGGAUGCAUACAUGUCAAACUCCAUCGUGUUCAACAGACUCUAGUCCUCCACCUCAAUUGACGUAUUCAGACAAAAUAACAACUGAAUCAAAAUAUGAAGCCAAGGUUGAAUUAUUUGAUAUUAUUGGCAGUUCUAAAAAAGAACGAUCCGAAAAGUCCGAGGAAGCUGAAUCAUCUACAUCUUGGUGGAAGUCAAGGCCUCACAAGUUGAAAUCUAAUGAUAGCAAAGUGUUAGAUGAAGAGUCUGAAAAUGACUCGUCUGACUGAUUCGUCAGAAUAUUGAAAUUUUUUCAGCGCCUAGUUUGAGUUCUUUUGUUUUUUUUUUAAUUGAGUUUUCUGUAAAUCAUGUUUACUUCUCAAAUAAAUAAAGUUUCCU